CAGCUCAUUAGGCAUCAUUGGACACUUUGCUAAAAUAGGCGAACUGCUUCAAAAACGUUAUACAGUGUUCUGUUGAAAAACGGAAAAAGUCAAGCAACAGGACGCAUUUCCGCGUUUAAAAAUAAACUACAACUACCAUGAAUCUCCUGAACCGGAAAAGCGAAAUGUUUAGACGUGUUCAACUAACACAGGAGUUUGCUGAGACAGAAGACGUCCUCAGAAACACAAACCGCGGUUAUUGUUCAAAAAUGCUCCUGUCAGUUAUUCGCCUGAAUAAGUGACCCGUAUUAUUUAUUGUCAGAGUUUGUUGGACUGCGAACCAUCAUGGGGACUGCGUUUGCCGUGGUCCUUGUUUUUGUCGGAUGUUGUAGUAAUGUGGUGUCUCUGGAGCUGCUGGUGAGAGAGUUUCCAGGAUGCGGCAACAUAGUCACCUUUGCUCAGUUCAUCCUUAUUGCCUUAGAAGGUUUCAUAUUUGAAUCUAAACUUGGAAGAAAGAAACCAGCAAUUCCUGUCAGUAACUAUGUUAUCAUGGUGACCAUGUUCUUCACAGUCAGUGUCAUCAACAACUAUGCUCUCAACUUUAAUAUCGCCAUGCCGUUACACAUGAUCUUCAGAUCAGGAUCACUAAUAGCUAACAUGAUCCUGGGAAUAAUCAUCCUGAAGAAGAGGUAUUCAGCCAGCAAAUAUCUCUCUAUUGUUUUAGUUUCCACUGGUAUCUUCAUCUGCACCAUCAUGUCAGCCAAACAAGUGCAUGACGUGUCCAGUGAUGGAUCAGAGAAGCAAGGCUUUUAUGCCUUUAUGCGCUGGCUUAUUGGCAUCGCUAUGUUGACCUUUGCCCUGCUGAUGUCUGCAAGGAUGGGCAUUUUCCAGGAGACGCUCUACAAGCAGUACGGGAAGCACUCGAAGGAGGCGCUCUUCUAUAAUCACUGCCUGCCUCUGCCCGGUUUCCUGCUUCUGUCCACAGACAUCUACAACCACUGCAUCCUCUUCAGCCAAAGCACUCCUGUUCUUGUUCCUGUGGUCGGGCUGACCAUGCCGAUAAUGUGGCUCUACCUGCUGAUCAAUGUCAUCACACAGUAUGUGUGUAUCCGCGGCGUCUUUAUCCUGACCACUGAGUGCACUUCUCUGACCGUCACCCUGGUGGUGACCCUCAGAAAGUUCCUCAGCCUCAUCUUCUCCAUCCUUUACUUCCAAAACCCCUUCACCACCUGGCACUGGGUGGGCACGGCUGUGGUUUUCAUGGGCACUCUGCUGUACACGGAGGUCUGGAGCAGCAUGCGGGGUGCCAAAGUCAAGGCGAAGAAGGCAGAGUGACGAAGGAGGGACUUCUUGCAGAUUAAACAAAAUCGGCCCCAUUGGUUACGGUUAAAUUGUUUUUGAAUCUCCUGCGCUAGUUUUAUACAAUUAAGGUAAUUUUGGUUUCAUACUUGAACAAAAUCCAGUUUUAAGAAGGUGCUGAUAAUAUUUUACUAUUUCUGUGAACAAAUGUCUUGGAAAGACCGAAAGUGAUGGGCACAAAAUCUUUUGCAAUCUCCUAAGCUUUCAUGCCUCGAAAAAUGUUUUUUUGACAUAAUUAUUCACUGGCCACUUUAUUAGUUACCCCUUGCUGGUACUGCAUUGGACCCCCUUUUUCCUGAAGAGCUUUAAUUCUUCGUGGCAUAGAUUGGUGUCAGUAACAUUCCUCAGAGAUUUUGGUCCACAUUGACAUGAUGGCAUCACACAGUUGCUAUAGAUCUAUCUGAAUGUAUCCGCUGGUAUCGGUCACUCUGCCUGUGCAAAUUGUAACCUAGCUGGCAGGAGUGACACACCUUGGUGGUCUGCUGCUGCUGUAGCCCAUCUGUUCAAAGGCUCAACAUGUGAAUUCAUACAUGGUAUUGCACUGACUGUUGUUGAAACAAGGGUUUACUUGAAGUACAUAUGUCUUUCUAUCACCUUUCACCAAUAUCUCCUCUAAUUUUAACUGUUUCACAUCUAAGUUUCAAUGUUCCUCAUGCUCAGCUUGAACUGCCAUGCAAUUGGCUGAUUUGCCAUUUGUGGUAACAAGGAUUUGAACAGUUGUACUUAAUAAAGUGGCCAUUGUGUGGAUAUUCUUUCCAUUUCCAAAAAGCAUGGAGGUUUAUCCGCUACUUCAACUUAUGUUGAAGUUGGGAAAUUUGAUUAGUCAACAUGUCUCAACACUGAUACAUUUUAUGCACAUUGGUACAGAUUAAAUCAGAGUUUGCCUGUACCAUCCUUACCAGCAUUUACAUAUGGAGCCCAUGUUUGGAAUGAGCUAAAAAGAAGGGGGCCCUAGAUGAGAUUGUCCACAUAUUACAUAAUGACCCCAAGUUAAAUGUCUAUAUAGGAAUGAUGUAUAUCAACAUUGUGUAAAAAGUGAGAAACCUAUAGGUGCCGUCACGUUUGAAACCCGGCCACUUCCUACAUGGAGCGUCCGAUUUACAGUUGGACCCAAGCAAGAAGUCCACUUUAAGCCGUGGCCAAUUUGGUGCCCAUCCAGCCCGAGUACAACCCAUAGGGGGCCCCCAGACACAUUGGCUCGGAUGAAACCAAUAAAUCCAGUAUUUUUGGUCUUUUCAUGAAAUUUGUUGGCCAAAAGUCACCAGAACUACCUUUUGUUUUAGCAUUCGUACCGCAGUAGCAUUCAUUGAUCGAUGGUGCAGUUUUUUUGUGUGUCUUCUCCGUAAUAAUGCUGUUUAGGUAUUUAUUUUUUAAAGUGUGAAGCCCUUUCAUGCAGAACCAUGAGUCUGCAGGUUAUUUAUUUGACUCCCAGCUCUGUUGUCUCUACUAGUGUUUGUCUACACUCCAAGCGCUCCGAAAUUAAACUUAUUUUAAUAGAUCA